GCGCGACUGGAGUGGUACUCUCUACAACACCAAGAAGUCAGCUUCGAGAUUGGAAAUGAAGUCCUCCCCGUGAUGAAUAACCCGGCUUGAGGCUUUAGCCUCGAGCUCCGGCUGAUCAAUGGAAUGGCUAAGUCGGCAAACCAGCGGCGUGGUCACCAAAUGCGCUCUGGGCCUGUUCAUACGGGACCAAGACAUGGUACGAGGUGAUAUAAAGGCAUAAGGGAAGAGUAUACUACACUGCAUAUCAAUUAACAAUCAUCUCAAUCGCCAUCACACUAGUGAAGCGUUACAACCUCCAGAAAUCCAAACGUGUCCUCAGAUCUAACAUCAUGCCCUCAGUCCUGCUCUUCGGCGCGACGGGUCUCGUUGGAGCACGUCUUGCGGCCGAUAUCAAAAGAUCCCACCCAGAUUGGGCUUUGACGGCCUUCUUUCGCAACUCGUUCGCGGAUGAAUACUUCAGAUCCACAGCCUGUGUCGAUCGCAUCGUCCACGGAUCCUUCUCGGACACAGAGCUCGUCCGCACAUUGAGCAAGGAGCAUGACAUCGUGGUCAAUGCCGCCUCGUCUUUCGAUGGCGACUUCGUGAAUGUGAUUAUAUCAGGCAUGGAAGAACAUCCGGCGAGCAACAAGGGCACGCUCAUUCAUCUCAGCGGAACCGGGAAUUUCAUUGACUUUGGGACAACCGGCAAUUUCAACCCCAAGAGCAAAGUCUGGAAUGAUGACAACGAAGAAGACAUCAGACUCAUCAACAGAAACAUGUUCAACGGUCCGACGGAUGUUCCUGUCCUUGAAGCAGGCCAGCGGGGAAAAAUCAUCACUUACAUCGUCUGCCUCGCCGUGACGUACGGACAGAACGUCCUCGGCCCGUCUGCCAACUUGGGGGUAGGGUAUUCGAUCUUCACUGGCCUGGCGAAGGGCUUAGGCUUCGUCCCGUUCAUCGGCGAGGGAACGGGCGUGGUGAGCACUGUGCAUAUCGAAGACGCCGUCCCAUUCAUCACGAAGAUCGUUGGCGUUGCUGGAACGGAAGCACCAAAACGCAGCGCAUUUUCGAGAUAUUAUAUCCUACAUGGCGAGAGACUCGGCUGGAAGGAGUUCGGGACGGCGCUAGCACCGGUCUUGUAUGCAAAGGGCCUUGUCUCGAGUCCUUUGCCGAAGAAGGUUUCUAUGGAAGAGGCGGGCGAAGGUGAAGUCAAGCAUCUUAUUGCUGGGAAUAUGCUCGUGAAGGGUGAUCGCGCGACGAGAAUGGGCUUCAAGCCAACUCAUGAGUCGAUGUUGGUUGCGAUGAAGAGAGAUCUGGGUGAGCAUGUUUUCUAGGCAGGAUGAGGGAAUGGUAGAAAGAUAGCACACCAGCGUGAUUGAUUUGAUAGACUGUGAGACCAGCGAAUUCCUGUCUCUAAGCUACAACGCCCUUGUACGGG